CCGGGGAUACUAGAAUACAAAGCGGAAAGAGAAAAAGACCAGGACGAGAGAAAGUGAGGAUGGACGUGCCGGGCGGAAGGUGAAGCUCAUCACGGAAGCCUCUUUGGCCGCAUAAUUUUGAGCGCCGGAUCAUCGUUGGGCCGCCUCGGUGUUUCUGUCCCGCUCGGGCACUGAACAUAUCAUCAUCAUCUCCUCUCCUCCACUCUCCACUCUCUCCUGGGACUUGAGCUCCUUCUUCCUCCUCCGACCGGCUGUCUCCUCCGUUGUCCUCCCACCAUGGAAUCUCGCGGCUUGACUCUCCGCAGCAAGUCGCGUCGCCCUCGCCCUCAGAUCAGUGCUCCGAAACCCAUCUCCGGUCCGCUGCCGCCUUCCCAUAAACCAGCCGAUCCCGGCCAGCCACCGGCGACCGCGAGCUCCUCGCGUUCCCGAGAACGAACUCCCCAGAAUGACGCGACCUCAGAUCUGGUGAAGCGGCGCUAUUCCACCCGUUUCAACCAAACCCCGGAUUUUGAUGUCAAUGCUCCUCCGGUCCCCGGUCUCCCCAAGAUCCCGCCCCAGUUUGGUGGCCUGAGCCCACCCCAGCAGCAGAGUCGAAGACCGUCGGGAGAGUCUUCGGGGCCUCCCCAGGUAGACUUGAAUGCGCUGCGUGAUCCGAGUUUGCCUGUCGAUAGAUACGUGGCCAACCUGCUCAGCAAUGCCACCGAGGAAGACAUUGAGGAGUACCAGAGAAGCCUGCGGAAGGUGAAAAAUAGGACCUCCACCGAUCUCCAACAAAAUGUCUAUCAGAACCGCACGCAAUUCAUCAAAAUCAGUCAGGAGGCCGACAAGCUCAAAGGGGAGAUGCGCACUCUGCGGACCCUGAUGUCCGAACUCACCACAGCCCUGGGACAGACGUCUAUCGGCAACGCCCCGAACCCGAUGUCGCCGACAGUCGACGAACGCCUCCCGAAACGCAACACCAAUCGAAGCUCCGUCGCCAACCUCGAGAGUAUGUGGAAUGUACAGCUGCAGACCUUGUGGAAGACCGUCGAGGGGUCCCAGAAAUUUCUUCCGGUGGUUCCUGGUCGGCACAUUGUGAUGGAAACGGGCCAUUGGGUCGAGCUGGACUCGGCAACCUGGAAGCCGAGGCGACCCGUUCAUAUUGUGCUUCUAAACGAUCACUUGCUGGUGGCUGCCAAGAAGCGGAAGCGCGUCGACCAGAGCAAUCCGAACCAUCGCGGUCCGAUCCCCACCAAGCUUGUCGCCGAGGAGUGCUGGCCGCUGCAGGACGUCGACAUGAUCGAUCUGGGUGCCAAUCUUGGGCCCGGAGUAUCGCGCGAAGAGGCGGAGGACCGGGGUAUUACCAACGCCGUCAACGUCCGCGUGGGUUCGAAGCCAUUUACGUAUCGCCAUGAUAAACGGGAUAGCUCCGCCAAGAGCGAACUCCUCGCAACCUUCCGGAAAACCGUGGAGGAUCUACGGCGGACACUCCGAUCGGAAACCGAAGCUGCCAGCAAGUCGAACGAGUCGUACAACUACUUGGGGGCCAGGCAGUCGAUCUACGCCAUCAAGCCGGAUGCUCUUGAGAAGAUGGAUUUCUCGGGCGACCCGCCGGAGGUGCGCAUCGAUGUGGACGGAAAGCAGCAGAAUUUACGUUGGGUGGAGGGUCAAGUGGACGAGCUCGACAUCGACAUUGCGCUCCAGCGAUUUGAAGAGGCAGUUGCCAACAUCGAGCGACUCCGCAAGCUCGCCCGGGGCCUGAAGGGCAAUUCGGUCGCGCAGGACGUGAUCAAUGUCAAGGUCGACGAGCGUGCUGCCAAGUUGGCCGGGGUCCUGUCUCGAGUUUUGGUUGACAGGCAUUCAUUCAUGAAUGCCACCAAGACCAACGUUGGAUGGCUUACGCGCCUAGGGUUCGAGGAUCAGGCGCGGGAAGCCUACCUCAAAGCUCGAACGGACGUUGUUUCGAAGCGAAUCCGGGCGUGUGUCUUCGAAGGCGACCUUCCCCUCUACAUAUUCCAGAUUUCGUUCGUCUACUUCACCCUUAUCAAGAACACCAUCGCUAUCUACCAACAGUGUUUCCCGCCCGUCAUGACCAGCGCCUGUAUCAAAUGGGCCAAGUUCCACCUGGACGGCUUCAACGCUCUUCUCACCCGCCAGCUCAGCAGCGUCCAGCGCGGCACCACCGUCUGGCAAAAAUGCAUCGACAUCGUGCGCGAGCAAGCCGGCCUUCUUGCCGAGGUUGGAGUGGAUUUCACCGAUCUGGUAGCAAAGGGCCUAGACGUGAAUGGCGACGAGCCGGCCGAUCGGCCCAAGAUGACACGCUCGGAGACGUUGAUUGCCGGUUUGGCCGAAGCCGCUCGGGUUUAGGUGGUUUGGGUCAACUUACAUAUACCCCGGCUGUAUGAUACAGUAUCUGCUUGUCUAGUUUGAUAUUUUAGUUGCAUGACUGCGUGUAUAUUGCCUUUGAUAGAGCGAUGGUGCAUGUUUGCCAGUGCUAUUAUCUGAUUUUGACUUGUUUUCAAGGACCUCG